UUGAAGUAAAAUUAUUACAAUAUUUUUCGUUCCUAAAAAAAAUAAAAAAUAUUAUUUUAGUUCUAUUAUACAGAUAUAUUCUACAAAAAGUUGUCUAAAAAGAAGGGGGAGGGAAAAAAUAGCACUUGAAUGUGACAUGUUUCACUCUCGCUGGGUGUUUUAGUAUUAAGUUAUUGAUAUAUUUUUGAAACAAAGCCACCGUGGCCUUAACUUUCAUUCAUAGGAAGAUCUUGUUGAAGAAGUUACGAUGCUCCGAGGAUAAUCAGACAACCAAAUUGUACUACUAGUUCCCCUAGCACACAAUGCGCUAGUUCAUGGACAACCUUAUUUCCUUCCUAUGAACAAAGCUCCAAGAAACCGACUAUAACAAGUUACAAACAUGAUAAAUAUCAUCAAAAAUAAUAUGAAAGCUGUUGUUAUAUAAUUUUGAAUUUUUAAUGUUAUCUAAAUUGGUAGAUAAUUAUCAUAUGAAAUAUUCAUCACUCGUAAUAAACGCCACAAAUAAAGCAUGCACUCUAGGACAUGAAUAUAAAACAUGAAUUAGUAGUCAACUGGUCACAUGUAAUUAGUGUACUCCUCAAAUUAGAUCCUACUUAGACGCUAAGCUCGUGACUAGAUCUAAUUCUAUGAUUACAAUCAACUUAUUAAUCAAGAGUUUAGUAACGUAGUAUUCUAUAUAGUAAACUUAAACUUUCCUUAAUCACUAAGGUUAUAGAAGUUAAUUAUAUCUUAAUACUUCAUCAAUACUUUAUUCUUUAAAAUAAUACAAGUCAACUAACUAUCCAACCUAGCUACGAACAAACUGAGUUAAGCCUAUAAAUUUAUCCAUCUAUAAUCUUAGGAGCAUCCAACUUAGCUCAUUUGUUUGCUUUGUUUUUCGGUUUUACAAGAGUUAACUAAAAUCUCUAGCUCUUCUUCUUCUAAAUUUCUAAUUUAUUUCCAAACAUGAAUCCCCAAUAAUUAAAAAAAAAAAAAAAAAAUCCCAAUUUCUCUAGCUUUUUAUAUGUUAUUGUUAAAAUCAUCCCUUUUAAGAAAAAAACAAGCAUUCAAUCUAAUAGUAUAAAAUCCAAUUGAAUCUUGGGCAUCAAUCACUCACUCAAACUUUUGGUUGCGUUAGUCCUUUAGACACACACAAUCAAUUCAACGCAAGUAGAACGUACUUGAAUUCCAGUAUGUUCAGACGUAAUUACCAGGAAGAGUGUAAAAAAUGGGAGGUGUGGAAGAAGAAAACUGAUCGUGAGAUGCAGAAGUUGAAAUGGGAUUUAGGGGAGACAGAGCGUAAAAAGCAGGAAGAGUUGAAGAAGUGUCAAGAGUAUUGGAUUCAAAAGUAUAACACUUUGUUGAUGGAGGCAGAGCAGAAAAGGCAAAGAGAGUGGAGUAAGAAUCAAUUAGAGAUGGCUAAAACUAACAAGUUGUUGGAGUUUGAGCGUAAGAAAUUCGAAGACUCGAAAAAGGAAAGAUUUGAGAUAGCAAAAUUUAAAAAUAUAAUGUGUGAGGCAGAGGCUAAGAAUAAAGAAGAAUUGAAGAAGAAACAAGAAUUGAUAGAAAAAUUAAACAACAUGUUAGGAGAGGUAGAAAGUAACAAGCGGGGAGAGUUGAAGAAGAAACAAGAUGAGGUAGAAAAGUUGAAGAAGACGUUAGGGGAUACAGAGCGCAAAGCGAAUGAAGAGUUGAAGAGGAAACAAGAUGAGGUAGAAAGAAUGAAUAAGAUGUUAGGGGAGGUAGAGCAUAAAAAGUGGGAGGAACUGAAGAAAAAACAGGAUGAUAAAGAAAAAAUGAAAAGAGAUGUAAUUGAGGUAGAAUCUACAUUACGAGGAAAGUUGAUGGAGAAACAAGUUGAGAUCGAUAUAUUGAAAAGGGAGAAGGGGGAGAUAGCUCGUAAAAAUAUAGAAAUGUUGAAGAAGAAACAAGAUGAGAUUGACAAGUUGGAGGAUGAGUCGACUGUAGAAAAAUUUAAGGAGUUGAAGAAGACAUAUGAUGAAAAGAUUGUUGAAUUGAAACAGAAGUAUAAAGAGUUAGUUGUAUUGAUGAAAAAAGAGCGGGAAAAAUUGAGCACUAAACAAGACGAGUUAGAGGUUAAAAAAAAAGAGAACAAGGAUCUAGAGGAAGAGCUCAAAAUAUAUGUAUUUAACAGAAGUGUGGGUUGCACUAUGGAAUUCUAUUACAAUAUGGCAAAAAAUAUGCAAACCGAUUUACCUCGUUGAAAAAUUACAUUCUUCAAUAUGAAAGCAAAUGCAAGUAUCUGGCCACCAUCACUCGAUCUAAGUAUGUCAAUCAUACCGUUGAGUCCGGUGGAGUCAGUUGAGUCACUUCCAAAUUUCUGGUUUAAUUGUAUUCCAUCACACAAUCCUGAAGACUUCGAUCGAGACAAUUGGCGAGUACUUCGUUGCGCAAUCCCAUCUAUAGACGGCAUCAUGAAUGUCAAAAGAUGUGUCAUAGCUUAUUACGAUGGUAGUAACAGUAAUCAAACCGAAGUCAAGAAUGGAAUCGAUAGGAUUGUCAUACCUAUUCCAUGUUUUCCUCAACACAUUUCUAACUAUCACCCUCUUAAAGUGCACAAUAUCGUGGGAGUCGGCACUCGUUUAUCAGUCUAUUUGAGUGAUAAUGAGUAAGUCAAUCUUGGGUGAAUUGAAGAUGGCAAUGUUGGUAAGCUUGUUAAUAUUCCAGCAUUUCAUGGAAUUGGUGGCUAAUUACAUAGUUAGGAGCACGUGUCAUUUCAUUGAUGAAUUCAUGUAUUGUUUCAGUCUAUUGAAUUCAUGAUAAUUGGACGUACUAUGUUGUAACUCUUGUAAACACAGAGCAAAUUGUUUUUUUAUUUUUAUUUUUUAUUUUUUUCAUUAUGAAGAGUAAUAUCAUUAAUAAAGAGUCAUACUGCAUCUUCAAUAAUAAUAAUAUUUGUAAACCACAUAUCCUAAGAAAAUAACAUAACUUUUACAAUCAAAAUCAUAACUAUUUUGCAUAUCCGGCAUAGCUCACA